CUACUGGUUGGAAGAAGCUCUCAAACCCCCUCUCCUCCUCCUCCCCCUUUCUCAUCUCCUCCUCUUCAUAGCUUGCCGUCCUCUCUUCUCCUCCUCUCCCGGCCAUCGCCUUAUCACACACUAGUACAUCAGUACAUGAGCUAGAGAGAAGCAUGGCAGGCCUCGACCUUGGCACCGCCGCGACGCGCUACGUGCACCAGUUCCACCACCUCCACCCGGACCUCCAGCUGCAGCAGAACAGCUACGCCAAGCAGCAGCACGAGCCCGCCGACGACGACAACAACGGCAACGGCAACGGCGGCAACUACGGCGCCCAGUACGGCGAGAACAACGACGGCGGCUCCUCAUCCUCCGGCCCCGCCGGUGAUGGCGCGGGCGGCGGCGGCGGGGGCGGUCCUGGGGACAUGGUGGCGCGCCGGCCACGGGGGCGCCCCCCGGGCUCGAAGAACAAGCCCAAGCCGCCGGUGAUCAUCACGCGGGAGAGCGCCAACACGCUGCGCGCCCACAUCCUGGAGGUCGGGAGCGGCUGCGACGUGUUUGAGUGCAUCUCCACGUACGCGUGCCGACGGCAGCGCGGCGUGUGCGUGCUGAGCGGCAGCGGCAUCGUGACCAACGUGACGCUGCGGCAGCCGUCGGCCCCCGCGGGCGCCGUCGUGACCCUGCACGGCAGGUUCGAGAUCCUGUCGCUCUCGGGCUCCUUCCUGCCCCCGCCGGCUCCCCCUGGCGCCACCAGCCUCACCAUAUUCCUCGCCGGGGGGCAGGGGCAGGUCGUCGGCGGCAACGUCGUGGGCGCGCUCUACGCCGCGGGCCCGGUCAUCGUCAUCGCGGCGUCCUUCGCUAACGUCGCCUACGAGCGCCUCCCGCUGGAGGACGAGGAGGCGCCGCCUGCAACGGCAGGCAUGCAGAUGCAGCAGCCCGGCGACGCCGAGGCAGCGGCCGGCAUGGGCGGCGUCCCGUUCCCUCCCGACCCGUCGGCUGCCGGCCUGCCCUUCUUCAACCAGCUGCCUCUCAACAACAUGACCGGCGGUCCCGGCUCGCAGCUCCCGCCCGGUGCCGACGGCCACGGCUGGGCCGGCGGACGGCCACAGUUCUGAAUUCUCACAGGUGCUUGGGAGAUCGGUGUAAUUGCUGUCGGAGGAAGAAGGCGAGAUCACGAUGAGCAACCACAAGGUUUCAGGGCAGUUUGCAAAAAGGUUAGAGCACGCACACAAGAACGAUCCAAGGAAACAAUCUAUCGUCUACUGCACUAUUUCUAUCUCUGUACAAUUUCGUAGUGUUUUGUCGAUCUCUGAUCAUGUUGUCCUCCUUGUUCUUUUUCUUCUUCUUCUUCUUCUUUUAUUUCCUUUUCUUGUCUCUCCUGAACCUUAAUCUGUGGCCUGUGUAACCUUCUCGAUCUUGAUUUUCAAUAUGGCUUUAAAUAAGUAUCCCUCAAUUUGUCCGACCA